UUAAGUCACUUGAUUGAAGACCUUCACACGGUUAAAUGAUCCUAAUAACAGUACAGUCUGAACUACCAUUCUAGAACAAAGGUGUCGAAGAUGACAACAAGGAGACGGUUUGCUAGUGACAUUCGGAAUGCAUCAGGAAAGUACAGCGAACUCACUAUUUUUUUUCUGUUCAAGUAAUUGAGUGUAUACUCAACACACGUUUGCUGAAACAAACGAUGCUAGCUCUUCCUGGCUAGCCACUGGCUGACAUCACUAAAGAUAAAAUUAACAACUUUUUGCAGCUUCUAUAAAUGGAAACAAAUGCAUCGCGAACUAAAACCGAACCUAUGGAAAAACAUGUACAUCAGAUGAAUCCAAUGUUACCCUUGACUAAAUGUUGCCAGAUUUUGUAUCAUAAAAUCGCUCUCCACAUAAACAUGACGCACUCGGAAGGAAUAUGCAGUAUUCUGCAGCGUUGCUUUCAAGUCCAACAGGAAACUAGGAUGGCUCUCCGAAUGUGUGUGAGAUUUUUCAGAGUCGCCCCACGACUGUUCUGGGAGACUAACGUCCUUCAUAGUGCCUUUGUCCCGAGUGGACGAAUCCGCCUGCUCGGAGGACACAACACACGUCUUGACACAACUCCAGAGUUGUGGUUCAGUUGUCGCAGAUUUAGUUCGGUGCCACCCAGCACUGAAGUAAGUUACAAGCAGUUAAAGCACCUCUUGGCCGGUGGCAAGUCACUCGUGAUAGACGUCAGAGAGCCGUGGGAGCUCCGAGAAUAUGGCUCCAUCCCCGGAACAAUCAACGUCCCUUUGGGCCAGGUGAACACAGCUCUGCAGCUCGGUCCGGAAGAGUUCAAUGAGAAGUAUGGUGGAGAGCUGCCCCAACGGGUAGACAACAUUGUGUUCACCUGCCUGGCAGGCAUCAGGAGUAAGACUGCACUUGACAUGGCCUCUGAAUUGGGAUACAAAGAGUGUAUGCUCCAAGCGAGGAAUGUCUGCAGGGAGAUUCAGGAAGUCACGGCAGCGGGCCGGGAGAACCUCGCCACAUCAUGACGGGUGGUGAAGUGGCUGCAGCGUUAUGAUUCUCAAUCUAUGGUGUGGCUCCAUGGAACUGCUUCUAUGGCUGGACCUAGACCUGGCCCGGACCAAACAGCAAGGAAUCUCUACUGACACUCUCGCUCACCCUUCAACCUUGAUGCCCCUCCCAAUGUUUGGACAAUGACAUUUGACCUUUGUUCUGGAACAGAAGACCAUGAAUGACUUUUAAUAUGAGAGCAGACCUUGACCGACAAGAGUGAAAUAUACACUCUCCUUGGAACGGUGACCUCAUUCCCUAAACAUUUGAGUGACUCAGUCCCCCAUUUUUUUUCUUCAAAUGAAGCCAUCAGGAGUCAUUUACUUAGCCUGGCUUGAUACAUUCGAGUAUGAUGAUACAGGCAGGCAAAGCAAGUAGAAAGAAGGCAAUUGAAAAAGAGUCACCUGAGGGUUCAGGUGGCUGACCUGACACUUUCUGGAGGGCCCACGAUUCCAUCGGUCAAAUUUGUCCUUACAACCAAAUGACAACAUACAGCCGUUUCCUGUCCUCAUUCCAUCCACUUCCACACCUUUUCGUCCAGCUGCUGAUUGAGAGUGAUCGGAUUUGGCCUGCAGAUGCCAAAUACGCUCACUGUCUUACUCAGGGGCUUGUAGCACAGAAAUGAAACGCACCAAUCCCAUAGAAACUCUAGCAAGGAAAAUGAAGGACACAAUGUGAUCAUCAUCAUCCCCAAUUUUGAUAACGCUAGACAAAUUGGUCAAUUAAGGUGAAAAAUCAAGAUGCCGUGUGAUUUUUCUUCCAUCUCACAAUGAGAUGUAUUUUGCUUUUAAUGGUAAUAUGGUGUGCAUAUGACAGUAACAUGAAGAAAAUGCAUUUAAAGUAAGAUUAUUCCACGUGUUUAACAAAAAUAAAACUGAAAGGGUACAAGAAUUGCAACACUCACGUAAGAAAGAAAAAAGGUUAAAGCGAUAAAAACAAACAUGCACACACAAAAACAUUUCUGGGUAGUGUGUGAAUGUUCUGAACCAUCUAAUAAAUGUCG